AUGUCUCUCAAGGUCGGAACUUAUUCCGAGUGGCUCGAAGCCAGAAAAGCACUCUUGAAGAAAGAAAAGGAGCUAGUUAAGCUCUCCGACGAGCUCGCAGCCGAGCGCCGCCAACUCCCCCUCGUCAAGGUCGACAAGAACUACACAUUCAAGGGUCCAAAUGGAUCAACCCCAUCUCUCUCUGAUCUAUUCGGCGACAAACAGCAACUCAUCGUCUACCAUUUCAUGUUUGGACCAGACGCCGAGCGAGGCUGUGGAGGCUGCGCUUUCCUCGGCGAGCAUAUCCCCGACUUGCGCCAUCUACGAUCCCGCAACACAGCCAUGGUUUGCGUCUCACGUGGUCCGUUUGAGAAGCUUGAUGCCUGGAAGAAGAAGAUCGGCUGGGAAUUCCCGUGGUACUCGAGCGAAGGGUCGGAUUUCAACUAUGAUUUCCACGCUACCCUAGAUGAGGAGGUUGCACCCGUCGAGUACAAUUUUGCUUCCAAGGAGGAGUUGGUCGGAAAGGGCCAGACCUGGUUGAAGGGGGAGAUGCCUGGAUUGAGUGUCUUUUUCAAGAAGGACGGGGAGAUUUACCAUACUUACUCGAGCUAUGCGAGGGGCCUGGAUAAGCUUCUCGUGACGCUGCAGUUGUUGGACAUGACGCCCCUUGGAAGGCAGGAUGUUGGGAAGGAGGGUCCAGCUGGAUUCAAGCUGAAGUAUGAGUAUGAGGAGGGGGCCUGA